AUGGAUAACUUUGAUGGCAUGGAGCAUGACCUGGCUGAGGAAGGAGAACAUUUUGCAAAAGAUAACUCUCAUGGCAUGGUAGAGGCCCCUGCUUCUCUGGAAAAUUUCUCAGCAAACUCAAACUUCUUACACUUGAUUCAUUUUAAAGUUUUUAAUAUUUCUUUAAAUAUGAAAAUCUUAUCUUGGAAUGAUCAAGGUUACUGCAAUCAUGUUAACAUUAAUAGAGUUGGCCUUGCUGGAGGCUUGAUUCUUAUGUGGAAAGAUGAAAUACACUGUGAGAUUCAACAUAUAUCCAAUAAUAUGAUUCAUGUUAUUACUAGACUAGACCCUAGUAAACCAGAAGUUCUUAUAUCCUUCAUGUAUGGUUCCACUUAUUUUAAUAAAAAGAAAGAUCAAUGGGAUCUUAUGAUGCAAAUUAGUGAGAAUAUAAUGCAACCAUGGUUAAUUGUAGGUGAUCUGAAUCUUCAUCUCCAUGAUACUUCUGAGGCUUCUAGUUUCUCCACUGAAGACAGAUAUGUUCAAGAAAAAAUGAAUAUUUGUGGCUUUAUGGACAUUGGUUAUACAGUUCAAGCUGGCUCUGAUCAUUGUCCUAUAAUGCUAAUUCCUAAGGAGACCACUAGUAACACUUGGAGACCAUUUAAAUUCUUUGUAAUGUGGAUGAAACACUUUGCUUUUAGAAACCAACUUCAGAUUGCUUGGAACACUAAUGUUAAUGGUUUUGUAGCUUUUAAUUUGACCAACAAACAACAAAGAACUAGGAAAAUAUUGUCUUAUUGGAAUAAAAUUGAGUUUGGAAAUAUUGAUAGAAAUAUUAAUAAUUUACAAACUCAACUUGAAAUUGCUCAGAAUGACUCUUCUUAUAAUUCUCAGCGUGAUAAUAUUGUGGCCAUCACUAAGAAGCUUGAUGAUUGGUUUAAUAUUAAGGAAGAUUUCUAUAAGCAAAAAUCUGGUGAUUCUUUCAUUACUGAAAUGGAUCAUAAUACCAAAUAUUUUCACACUUUAGAUAAUAUAAGAAUGAGUAGGAAAAAUAUUGAUUGUCUUUGUGAUGCUAAUGAUGUUUGGUUUAGUGAUUCGAAAGAUAUUGCUAAUUUGCUUGUGGAUCAUAUUUCCCAAGUUAGUAAAACUACAAAACCAGUGUUUACUGAUAUUAUACCUACCAUUAUUAUUGAUCAUGAUAAUUCCUUUUUGACAAGAAUUCCUAAUAGUGAUGAAAUUCACCAAAUCAUCAAACAUAUGAGUGCUUGGAGUUCACCUGGGCCUGAUGGGUUUCAGGAAGGUUUUUAUCAACAUAAUUGGGAUAUAGUUGGUAAGGAUAUUACUACUGUUGUUCAAAGUUUUUUUGAAACUGGUCAUAUGCCUAAGGAGUUUAACAAAACCUAUCUUAGUCUGAUUCCUAAAACUGAUAAUGCUAAAAGACCUGUGGACUUUAGACCAAUAGGUAUUCUUAGACAGUUUAGUUUUGAUGCUAAAUUUUGUGGAUACAUUGAACAAUGCAUAUCUACAACAACUAUUUAUGUGUUACUAAAGGGUUCUCCUACUGAAAGUUUCUCUCCAACAAGAGGUAUUAGACAGGGUGAUCCUCUUUCACCCUAUCUUUUCAUUCUUCGUAUGGAAUUUUUGUCUAGGUUUCUCUUAAAUGCUGAGACUAGUCAUUUAAUUUCAAGUGUUAAAGCAGCUAGGAAGGCUCCAGGUAUUACUCAUCUUAUGUUUGCUGAUGAUAUUUUAAUUUUCACUAAGGCUGAUAUGCAUAACAUAGAGGGUAUUAUGAGUGUUCUUGACUAUUUUAGUAGUGUUUAA